AUGUCUAUAGAUUCUUCAGAUUCCGAUGCGGAGUACCAUGCGUACUCUGAACGUACCCUGGCCAUCAUCAAACCCGAGGCUUAUGAAGACGCUGAAGAUAUAGAGAAUACAAUUAUCAAUAAUGGAUUCUCUAUUCUUGCGAAACGCCACGUUCGGUUGACCCCGGAACAAGCAGCGGAGCUGUACAAGGGUCACUAUGGCUCCCAUCAUUUUCCUCACCUAGUGGCUCACAUGUCAAGCGGGCCUAUCAUCGCACUCGUCAUCACGGCCAAGAACGGCAUACAGAAGUGGAAGACGCUGAUGGGACCGGCCAUGGUACUAGAAGCGCAAGCCUACUGGCCGGAUAGCUUGCGGGCAUGCUAUGGCCGCCGGACUAAGUAUGGAGACUACUUCAACGGGUUACACGGCAGUGAUAACCUUGCCGAGUCCCUGCGAGAGAUUCAUUUCUUCUUUCCUAACAUGAUUGCAGGCCCAGUCAUCCGCCAUUGGCAAGUAAACGACUACAUACAGAGACAUUUAACUCCUACGUUGCUCCCAGCUUUGACGGCAUUGGCUCACGAACGUCCAGCAGAGCCCAUACUAUGGCUAGCUGAUCAUCUUCGGAGACACAACCCUAAUGAGCCAGAGUUAGCUUCACAGCCUCCAGAGCAGAGGGAAGACGCAAGGUGCCAUACUCCUAAACCUUCUGAAGAAUCACUUGUCAAAUAG